GCGUGGCCUCGGCUUUGUAUUCGUGGAGUUUCGCUGACCGAGUACGAAUGUUGUACGCGCAGGUCUGAUUUAAUUUAAGGAAGUGCCGCGGAACAUUGACAGCAUGUAAGGAGCUGGAUUAAGCUGGGACAGAAGCUGAAGGCAUUGCCCGGGACUGAGGGCAGUGAAGACGCACUUGAGCAGUACGGUGAUGCCCGUAUCUUCGAGAUAUCACCAGUGGAUGACUUGCCCCGAGUUACAGAAACUGACGGCGUCCCAGCCUUUGACUUUGGAGCAGGAGUACGAAAUGCAGAGAAGAUGGCGUGAAGAUGAUGACAAGUGCACUUUCAUAAUUCUAGAUAAGAAGAGAUGGGCUGACCCUCGUGUUGCAGAAGAGGACUGUAUGGUGGGUGAUGUGAACUUGUUUCUCACUGACUCAGAAGACCCCUCUCUGGGAGAGAUUGAAAUCAUGAUCGCAGAGCCCAAGGACCGAGGAAGAGGAAUAGGGAAGGAAGUCGCCCGCAUGAUGAUGUGUUACGGAAUCACGAGACUGGGAAUCCACAAGUUUGAAGCCAAAAUUGGAAAGGAAAACCAAGUCAGCCUGGCGUUGUUCCAGAAGCUUCACUUCCAAGAGGUGUCUUACAGUGAAGCAUUCCAGGAAAGUACGCUGGAGCUGAGAAUUGACGAGGAACACGAGAAACGGCUCGCUGGGGACAGGAGUCUCAUGGAAGAAAAGAACUACAGGGAGACCAAGGCUGCCAUCAGACCGGAGACGGCCGUCCACCCGCGCAUUUAAAGGGCAACGCCUGCCUUGACUAAAUUUAGAGUUUAGCUUCACGAGCGCAGCCAUACCUUCAAUAAAUCCACCUCUGGAAACGA